GUGCCAAGCUGUGCAGAAAAAGGUCAGGCUGACCCUAUGGUGAAUGGGAGAAAGGCCUCCGUGGGGUUGAGCAGGGACCUCGAGAAGUCCUGUAAAUGUGGCAGCCUGUUAUCAGCCUGGAGAGUCUUUAGAUGCUGAUCUUGGCUAGAAGAGGAGUUGGGUGUUAAUGGAGGCCCUGACUUGCAAAGAGGAAGAAAAGUAUGGCUGGAAGCAAGCAACGAACCUGUCUUAAGAAUAAAGGAACAGUAGACUUUGUAGUUAGAAGAGAUGAGAAUUCCUGUGAGAGGUGUGAGAGGGGAUUGCUAAGCAGGAGGGAGCAGAGUCCAAAGGAAAGGGGGGAAGCUCUGAAGGCAUGGUUUUUCUUUCUGUGUCCUCAUCACUACUUCAUUGUUCCCAGUUGAGAGGAGACAGGAGAGCCUGCAGUGGGCUAGAUCCAGUAAAUAGCCACCCAGUAAGAGCUUGACUCUAGUAAGAACUUUUAGAGGUGCCAAGAAAAAGGCCUGUCAAGCGCUGCUGUUUCGGAGGGAAGUCUCAGGGUGAGCAAGGGAGCAGUCAGGAAAGGCUUCGUGGCAUUAGUGGACUAGCGCUGGUGAGAGGGGAGUAAGUGGAGGCAACCCAAGCGUGUAGUGAGAGAGUGUGGGCCAGGGAGGUGCUCAGCAAGUCAGGCCAGACACUGCUGUCAGCCCUGACAACCUCAAGGCCAUUCCUGGGACCCAACUAGCAGAAUUGGCUCCUGCAGGAGACUGUCCUCUGACCUCAUUCCUGCUGUGUGCCACAUCUCAGUGAUCUCUUAUGCCCUCCCAGGCCCAAUACUUCAAAGCAUCUUACCUCUGCUCAAUAUAUAUUACUUGGAGAGGAUUGAGGAGACUGCUCUCAAAAAAGGUCUCUCUACUCAAGCCAUCUGGCGCCGACUCUGGGAUGAACUGAUGAAGACAAGGCCUUCCAGUUUGGAGAGUGUGACUUGCUGGCGAGCCAAGUUUAUGGAGGCCUUUUUUUCCCAUGUCCUACGUGGAACCAUUGAUGUGUCUUCUGAUAAACGUCUUUGUGAUCAGCGCUUCUCACCUCUCCUGCACAGCUCCCGUCAUGUCCGACAGCUAACCAUCUGCAAUAUGCUGCAGGGAGCAACUGAGCUAGUGGCAGAGCCCAACCGCAGGGUUCUAGAGACCCUGGCCAGUUCUCUGCAUACCCUCAAGUUCCGCCACCUGCUGUUCUCUGAUGUGGCUGCUCAGCAGUCACUUCGACAGCUGCUGCAUCAGCUCAUCCACCAUGGGGCUGUUAGCCAAGUGUCGCUGUACUCCUGGCCUGUGCCCGAGUCAGCCCUUUUCAUCCUUAUCCUUACCAUGAGUGCUGGCUUUUGGCAACCAGGCCCUGGUAGCUUGCCUUGCCGCCUCUGUGGUGAAGCCUCCCGAGGCCGGGCCCCAUCUAGAGAUGAAGGGUCCUUAUUGCUGGGCUCUCGCAGGCCUCGGCGUGAUGCAGCAGAGCGAUGUGCUGCAGCACUAAUGGCCACCCGGCGGAAGAGUGAAGUCAAGCAGAUGCCCAGGGCUGUACCUCCCAGUCGUGUAACACGCCGCAGCACACAAGAGAGCCUGACAAUAGGUGGAACAGACUCUAAGUUGUACCUCCCAGCCACCUCUUAUGAGGCUUCUGGCACUAAACAGCCAUCUGCUCCAGCCGCGGCCUCCUCUGCCUCCUCUUCCACAUCAUCCAAACGGGCUCCAGCUAGCUCAGCCUCACAACCUAAGUCCUUAAAGCGUUUCAAACGAGCUGCAGGGAAGAAAGGUCCCCGCACCCGUCAGGGGUCUGGUGCAGAGUCUGAAGACCUGUAUGACUUUGUUUUUAUUGUGGCUGGUGAGAAAGAAGAUGGUGAAGAGAUGGAGAUUGGGGAAGUAGCUUGCGGAGCUCUGGAUGGAUCAGAUCCCAGCUGUUUGGGGCUCCCAGCACUAGAGGCAUCCCAGCGAUUCCGCAGCAUUUCCACCUUGGAGCUGUUCACAGUUCCUCUCUCCACAGAGGCAGCUCUGACACUGUGCCAUCUUCUGAGUUCCUGGGUAUCACUGGAGAGCCUUACACUUUCCUACAAUGGUCUGGGCUCCAAUAUCUUCCGCCUCCUGGACAGCCUACGGGCCCUGUCAGGCCACGCUGGAUGUCGCCUCCGUGCCCUCCAUCUCAGUGACCUUUUCUCACCACUGCCCAUCCUGGAACUGACCCGUGCCAUUGUGCGAGCCUUGCCCCUGUUGCGGGUCCUGUCUAUUCGUGUUGACCACCCAAGCCAGAGGGACAACCCUGCUGUACCAGAGAAUGCUGGGCCCCCUGGACACAUAAUUGGGGAUGAAGAAAUACCAGAAAACUGCCUGGAGCAGUUGGAAAUGGGAUUUCCUCGAGGAGCCCAGCCAGCCCCCCUGCUCUGCUCUGUUCUCAAGGCCUCGGGUUCUCUACAGCAGCUGUCACUGGACAGUGCCACCUUUGCCUCGCCUCAGGAUUUUGGGCUUGUGUUGCAAACACUCAAAGAAUACAACCUAUCCCUGAAGAGGCUGAGUUUCCAUGAUAUGAAUCUUGCAGACUGUCAGAGUGAAGUGCUUUUUUUGCUAAAGAAUCUGACCCUUCAAGAGAUUACCUUCUCCUUCUGCCGUCUGUUUGAGAAGCGCCCAGUCCAAUUUCUUCCUGAGAUGGUUGCUGCUAUGAAGGGCAACUCUACACUGAAGGGCCUUCGACUACCAGGGAACCGCCUGGGGAACGCCGGCCUAUUAGCCCUAGCAGAUGUUUUCUCAGAGGAUUCUUCCUCUUCUCUCUGUCAGCUGGACAUCAGUUCCAACUGCAUCAAGCCAGAUGGGCUUUUGGAGUUUGCCAAACGACUGGAGCGCUGGGGCCGAGGAGCCUUUGGUCACCUACGCCUCUUCCAGAACUGGCUGGACCAGGAUGCAGUCACAGCAAGAGAAGCAAUCCGGAGACUCCGGGCUACCUGCCACGUGGUUAGCGACUCAUGGGACUCAACCCAGGCCUUUGCAGAUUAUGUCAGCACCAUGUGAUGGGGCCCAUACCUCACAGGCCCAUCCUCAGUACCAUCAGCUUGCAGGGACUGAGGCAUGGGCUGCCCAGAAUCCCCAACCACUGAUUCUGUCAUCCUCCUCCUGCCACUUUGUCUAUUUCUGUUUUGUUUUCCUCUUCCCUUGCACUGAGGUUCUGGAGGCCUUGAUGCGGCCCAGCAAAGGCAUUCCCACCACUGAGUUGAGAGGCUUUGGGCUACUCACUCAGUACUCAGGGAACCCCAGGCUGGGAGGUUACGGUCUCUGUCGUCACUGAGGAAGAAACCCCCUACCCCUGCUCUGGGGUUUCCUGCUUCAUUCCUCAAGCAGGCACCCGGGCUUUAGAGAGGUGGAGGAAUGCCUAACACCAGGCCUCUUCCCUCCUGGGCUUACCAAUCUGUUCCCAGGCCUCAGUCCCUUUCAUGCCUUUAUUCCUUUCUUUUUUUUUUUUUUUAAACCAAAAAAGUUUUUCUUAUAAAAUAAAUUUUGGGCAAACAUCA